AUGGCACCAGUUCGAGCGAACAGACGCGUGUCAGGCGACUCCCCAGCGCAGCAUGCCACCUCCCCCGACAGACACAUGAUCCCUACAAAGACGGCAGCAACGCCGAUACGCAAGAGCCCGAUCAAGAAGAGGAAGGGCAUCACACUCGAACAAAAGCAGGCCUUGGUCGAAAACCUGCAGCUUGAGAUCACAGACCGCGCGAGACGGCUGCGCGCCCAGUAUCAUGCCCAGGCACAGAGCCUGCGAUCGCGAGUCGAAAUGCGCGUCAACAGAAUCCCCAGAUCGCUUCUCAAGUCCACCAUGCAGGACCUGGUCGCCAAGUGCGCCGAGCAGCAGAAGAAGCUUGCCGCGGCUGCGCGUCCGCCGCCCGUACCGGAGAAGGACUUUGCUCCCAGGGCCAGUCCGAUCAAGACAGUCAACGCGUCACAACCCGCAUCGCGCCCCAGGAAACGGCUGAGUGAGGACAUGGCAGGUGACAAGGAGAACCAAGGAAUCGACAACCCCAAGAAGAAGCACCGCGGUGGCCCCGCUCACAUUUCGACCAUCCCCGAGGCGGCCCAGAUACUCUCACCCACGUCGACCAAUGCUCGCUACCUCCCGCGUGAGCGCACUAUGGCCUCGCCGGCAAAGCCCGCCUUCUCGAGGCCCGCCUCGCCCACCAAAGCGCCCACGACGGCACGGUCUGCUCUCUCGAACAUGGUUGAGAGGGCGAAAGCCGCUCGCCCAGCCCCUACCCGCAAGACGACAACCUCCUCCACGACGAGCUCCGCCUCAGCAGCCCCUUCUGCAGCCCCAGCCCCAGCCGCGUCCCGGACAAGACGAGCCGCUCCUGCGGCCAGCAAACCCCCCCAGGUACGGCCAGCUACCCGCACCGGUCGGCGGGUCAGCGAGUCGAGCGACGGGAGCACGGCGACGGUUGUCAAGAAGCCUGCCGCCGCCAAAGCCACGGCGGCCACAGGGGCGAAGCGAACGGUCAUGGGGACCAUCAGGAAGGGUGUCGCCGCCAGCACCGCGAAGAAGGCCGCCGCUACUGCUACGGCUGCGGCUGCGGCGUCCAAAGCGACGGCGGCAUCCACGGCAGGGUCUACAAGAGUGCUCCGGAAGCGAGGCUAG